AUGCUGAACAUGAGCGAAUUCUGCCCAGAAGCGCUUUUCGCCAAGUACCCUGAGGGAUGUAUUGAGACCAGCCAGGAGACUUUGCGACCAGGGAGAGACCCCUCCCUCGCUGGCUUUCCGGGAGGUGAUUUCCUGAGCUCUGCUCUGAGUGGCGCCUGCGAUACCUCAGAUUAUUUCUUUCUAGAGGGUCCCUCUUCCUCACCCCAACCGGGCCUCAGCUACACUGGCAGCUUCUUCAUCCAGGCCAUCCCGGAGCACCCACACGACCAGGAGGCCCUGUUCAAUCUCAUGUCGGGAAUCCUUGGCCUGGCUCCUUUCCCUGGACCCGACGGGGCGGUCCCUCGGGCCCCGCUGGACACCCUGUAUGCUACCAGUCCUGACACCUCACUGCCUGGGCCCUUGGACCUUUUCCCUGCUGACCUGGGCUCCACCACCUCCUUUCCGGAGACACCCUGGGAGACCUCGCCGACUGCGGGCACCUCCCCGCAGUGUCUCUACGAACCCCAGCCGUCCCCACCCGACGUCAAGCCAAGCCUCCGAGCCCCUCCCGUGUCGCCUGACCUGGACGCCGCCCCGGCCUUCAAAGCCCCUUACGGGCCUUGGGACCUCUUGUCGGCUGGCGCCCCGAGUUAUUUGCCCCAGGGAAGCUACCAGCCUAGUCCCGAGGCUGGCUUCCCCCCACUUGGCUCCAAGAUCGAAGACCUACUGCAAAUCAGCUGUCCCGCGGACCUGCCAGGUCCAGCCAACAGAAUCUACGCAGGCACCUAUGAUGCCUUCUCCCUGUCCAGCUCCAGUCAGCUGCCCUCGGGAGACUUUGGGGAAGGGGGGGAGGCCCUCCAGCCAGGGCUCAGCCUGAGUCCCCCCGGGGAGGGAGGCGGCGGUGGGGACCUCCUAGCCCGGGCGCAACCGUCUCCACUUAGCCUCACUCUCCCCGGCCCAUCCUCAGACUUCCCCGCGGUGCCACCCACGACGACCGAAUUCCCCGGGGCUGCGCAGCUCCCGCCCCCGACGGCAGCCCCGCAGCAAUCGCAACCGCCGCAGUCGCAAUCGCAGCCUGCCCAAGCCGAGCCUCGGCGCAAAGGGCGGCGGGGCGGCAAGUGCAGUCCUCGCUGCUUCUGUCCUCGGCCCCACGCCAAGGCCUUCGCCUGCCCCGUGGAGAGUUGUGUCCGCAGCUUUGCUCGCUCGGACGAGCUGAACCGCCACCUGCGCAUCCACACCGGCCACAAGCCCUUCCAGUGCCGAAUCUGCCUGCGCAACUUCAGCCGCAGCGACCACCUCACCACGCACGUGCGCACCCACACGGGAGAGAAGCCCUUCGCCUGCGAUGUGUGUGGCCGUCGCUUUGCGCGCAGCGACGAGAAGAAACGACACGGCAAGGUGCAUCUGAAGCAGAAGGCUCGGGCCGAGGAGAGACUCAAGGGGCUCGGCUUUUACGCGCUGGGCCUCUCCUUCGCAGCCUUGUAG